AUGCCGACCCACGUAGACUUCUAUACUUCAAUAAAACCGUACAGAAUUCUAGCGAGAAUCUUCUCCAUACAAUCGGUGACCCGAAAUAAAGAUGGUCUUUACGUUCGAUCCAUCGUGCAAUUCGCAACAGCCGCUCUUCACGUCGCAAUCUUCUCCAUUUGUUAUUACUUCGGAUUCCAGGAUAACGAGAGAGAAAUAGACGUUUCCGACGUAUACGUGACGUCCUUCUCCGUUUACAAUAUUCUCGUCAUCGUCCGAUUCGCAAUAAUCUUCGUGCUAAGCCUGAAGAACGCAUCGAUCGAAAUAAAGCUCCACCAACAUGUAGACAGAAUAGAUGCGCUGUUGAGAUCGUUGGGUAAAACGGAGGAGCUUAACGAAGGGAAUAAAGCGCUUCGUACCGGCACAAUCAAGACAUUGAUUCUGGGAAUCUUCACGCAAUUCAUCACCGAAGGCUUCAAUUACGUCGUCGCUUAUAAGCGUGUAACGCCUUUGAUACUGGGUAUGAGUUUCCUGCCUUCUUAUGUAGGAACGUUGAAUAAGUGUUACUUUUACAUCUGGUGUUCGGUGUUGAGGAACCGCAUUCAGAUCUUGAACGGCAGCUUCCGUAGCAUUAAGAAACGUUCCAAGUUGAAGCAGUACUCGUUCAGCGUGUACAAAUUCGAGAAGGAACUCUCGCAGCUGAUGGAUCUGCACCAGGAGCUCGUCUCGAUGUCGCGCAUGAUGAACGACAUGUUCGAAAUCGAGAUCGUCUGGCAUUUCACUAUUAUUUUCAACCUGAUCUUCGCUAACGGCUACUACACCAUGUUCAUCAUGACCACGAGGAAGAAGGAUCUCAUGGUGUAUCCAUUUACCUUGGUCGAGAAUUCCGUGUACGUCUAUUUCGAAUUCUUCAUACUGGUCUACACGAGCACCAAACUCUGUGCCGAAGCCGCCGCAGCUCGAGACGUUCUCAUCGGAAUUAGGAUGGACAUAUUCGAUGAAACAUCUCACAGACUGGUCAUCACAUCCAUUUACGAACUUAACGAGAACAAAUUGGAAAUUACGGCAUGUCGAUUGUUCAACAUCAAUUAUUCUACAGUGUUUGCGGUAAUUAACCUUUAUUUUCCAUCCAUUCGCUUGGAAUUCCAUAAUACAACAUCAUCGAUUUUCAGAUGCUCUCCAAUAUUUCCAAUUACAUAUUUAUAAUGCUUCAACUGGAAAGCGAUUAA